UGUGUUAUAGGCCUGUGCUACGAACCCAACCAGUGCUAAGCGUUCUGUGUUUUAUUUUUAGCAAGACUUUCACCUCGAGUUUUUGCCCCUCCCCAUAAUACUUUACACUUUUUAUCGUGUUGCACACUGCAUUAUUGAUUUGUGAUACAUCCAUGUGUUGUUCUUUCACUUUGUGAUAUAUUGUGUGUGUGUGUGUGAUUAUUUUUCCUUUUUUGCACGACGGUUAAAUUCAAAAGGGAAUACUGUGUUAAUACAUUAUAAAGCGAAAUGGAUUGCUACGCUCCAGCGAUCUAAAUCAGGAGGUUGUCACUGUGUUAGUAGAUUUAGUAUAUUAUUAUAAAAUCUAGUAGAUUCAGUCUCGUAUAAUUUGUUCUGUUGGUUGGAUAUUCAGCCGAUAUUCUUCUUAAGUUCUUGUCUUGAUUAGUAAAAAAAAAAAAAAAUGGAGAAAAUAUUAGAUCUAUAGAUCUAUCUCUUAUCUAGAUUGUUAGAUCUUCUUCAGAAUUAGAUUUAGAUCUAGAUUUUUUUGUGUCUUCUGUGCCUUGGAAUAUUGUGUUUAUGUGUGUUUUCAGUAUUCGAAGUAGUCUACUAGACAUAAAAAGUAGUCUAGUCUCACGGUUCAUUCUUAGUGGAAAGGGUGAAUAUCGUCCAUGUCAAGACAACUUAGUGAUGGAACCUGGUAUCCUGUUGUUCCAGAAUCUUUAACAGAGACAUCUGAGAUGUCCCAAACACGUGCUCUGCUGCGACUGCUUCCUUCGAUUUAGCACCUUUGAUUAUUUAUGCUGGGCUCAACAGCACUUCGUCACACUCAUGUAGAAGCCCUUCGCAUCUCCACGGCACUCAUUGCUGCUGGUGCCUCAAUCCAUUAGACACAAAAGAUGAUGAGCAGCAACAACGUGGCUCAUGUUUCCUCGGUGGAUAAGGGCCUCAAGAUGAAAAUCAAGCGCACAAAAGGUACUAGCAAAGUGGAAUCCAAGCACGAAGUGGUCAAAUCAGACUCUCCUUCUAAAACACCAACAGUAUUAUCUUCUGCUGGUAAACUCGUCAUCGGCGCGUCAACUACUACGACGCCGAUAUCCUCCGCGCCAGCCACGCCUGGCAUUCCAGCCAUCAGCACUCCACCACAAAUGUCAGCGAGUUCCGCUGUCUCUGCGUCUCCGUCGUUACUGAUAUUAGCCUCACAGACACCCACCUCAUUGCCCCCGCCCAUGUCAUCCACGUCAUCAUCAGCAUCCACCCCAGCCACCUCGCACUGUACGCUGUCGGUGUCGAACCCGACUGUGGCUCUGCUCAAAACCAACCCAGUGGGUGCACCGAGCGACGGCAGCAUCUGCUCUAAAUCACCCCUGAAGACGCUUCCCGCAGGAUCGGGAAUCCCCGACGGCAAAGACGGAAAAUCGCCUAAAUCCAAGGCAGCAUAUAGUAAAAAGAUGAAAGAGAAUAAAGGCAAAUCAGACAUGCAACAAUCACAGGGUACGUUCCAGAGCUCCGGAAUGAGCCAAUGCCCUGCUUCCGAUACACGAACUUCAGUUGGCACGGGAGCUUCUCAAGCAUUCACAUCCGUCGCCUCCUCAACCUUUCCCGUGAACUCAGGGCCUCCCAACCCGGUUCUAACGUCAGAGCCCAGACCAGGUGAUACCGUGCACGUGAAAAGGGAAACUCCUGUGCACGACCCGUAUGAAUUCAACGCCAAGGUAGAGGAUAAGAUAGAACUGCCGCCUAAAAAGUUGAAGCUCGAAAAGGCUGACUGCAUUGAGACUGCGAUAUCACCUCAACCGCAGCAGACGGCCCCUCCACCAACGGUCAUGCUGUACUCGCCGCCAUCUUCUCAGCAGCAGCAGCAGUGCCACCAGGCGUCUCCCUGUCAAAAGCGCAGCGUCGCCGUGGACGCCUGCAGCGUGGGCAUCGUCACGGAGCCCGAAUGUCUAGGGCCAUGUGAGCCCGGAACCAGCGUGGGCUUAGAAGGGAUUGUGUGGAAGGAGACAGAUAAUGGGCUCUUGGUGGUGAAUGUGACGUGGCGAGGUAAAACGUAUGUCGGCACCCUUAUGGACGCCACGAGAUAUGCUUGGGCUCCCCCUAGGCCCAGUGGUUGUGAAUCUCCAGUCAGCGAUUUUGAGUCUAGAACCCCAAAAGGUCGAGGCAAACGCAACUGUAGAAAUGCCAACCAAAUGAACGAGCGUCUCCCCGAGGGCAGAAAGCUAAGGAAAGGUCGUAGGGGGACUGUAAAUAGCGCAAGCAGCAAUUUCACUGCUCCGCCAAGUCCCGCUAAAUCAGAUAUCAGCUCUUUCAGUGCCAAGAGGAAGGCCAGGCCUAACGAAGUAGACUGCGAGAAGCCUAAAAGGAGCCGCUCCUGUUCCAGGGGCGUGACGGGGGCGGAAAGCCCCACCCCGGAUGGGUACAUCGUCUGCCCGGAGCCCAAUUGUCACAAGAAGUAUAAACACAUGAACGGGCUCCGGUACCACCGGACGCAUGCCCACCGGAAGAACUCUGCCAACGAGGACACUAGAGAUGAAGAUGAGGAAGAUGAAGACGAGGAGAUGAAAAUGGAUAAAAAAGAGAAGGCGACGACAGUGUCUGAGAGAGCCGAGAGGAUGAAAGCGAAAGAGAGGCAGAAAAUCAAAGAGCAGCAACGGUGUGAUCGCGAUUCCAAGGAUUCUAUAGAUGAUGACAUUCCUCUGAAAGAAAUAGCUAACAAAGGCAACAGUAAGGCAGAUCCUGUCCCGGUUGCUGGCGUCUGUAAAGAGAAGCAGGAAGAAGAGUCUAGCAGUAGUGGAAACAUAGGCUCUUCUUUACAUAGCUCAGUAAGUUGUGCUUCCAGCAUUACUCCCAAGCCUGAACCCCAGGUUGUCUUGACUAAAACCAAUGUUUCAUCCCAAAAAGACUGUCCGUCUCCCAGCGUGAGCAAUGGGACAGCCAAAAAGAAAAUUCCGAAUGCUCCUAGCACGCCAUCUGAUGUGGCGUCUCCCCAACCUGUAUCAACACCUACUUCUUCCGUGCCUUCCCUGCCAACAAGUGAAAUCUCAGCUCCAGCUGCUGUAAAUAUUGCCAGCACCACGGCUCACGGUGUCUCCCUGAUGACCACAAUAAAGUCUCCGAUCACAUCACAGGUGUUUCAAAUUUCACCCACCGGCAACCUGGCUGGAGUAGCCAUAGUCACACAAGCCAACACAAUGGUUAGCCUGGUCACUGCACAGACUUUGCCACUAAUGACCACAGCAACCAGCCUGUCCUCCACUUGUGCAACAUUGGCCAACACAGUGACUACAUCCAUUCUAGCUAUGUCCAUCUCUGGAGACAGGCAGAAUUCUAAUAAAAGUUCAUCAUUUCUUCCAAAAACUGUCAAUUCAGCCCGACCAAUAGUACCAGCAUUAAGUCAUUCUCAUUCUACCAGUAUAUCAACUGCGUCCUCUAUGCAAACCCACAAUACGUCACUCAAACCUAUUCAGCCAAAACCGACAAUCAUGGGUGACUAUUCAACACCCAGCCCUGCUCUUUCUGACCUCAAUAGUGGAAAACACAAAAAAUCUAAGAAGAAAAAGGAUAGCCCAAUUUGUCCUUCGGGCUCCAAAUCUCAUGACAAGUUACUAUCGUCUAGAGACAACCCAGCAAAUGAUAACUUUUCCCAUGAUGACCAGUACAAAUGCGAGAGGUCAUCUGUGUUAGUCACCUCUAAUCCGUCCAAACCAUAUGAAGCUUCCAGCCCUAGCUUGGAUAUGUCUAAAUCUGUCAGUUCUCCAUUCCAGCCAUCCCAAGACUCACCGAAGCUUCAAAGGUUGAAUUCAGAAUCCCCCAUGUCUAGUGGAACGAGGUUGGCCAUCCCACCUUCCACAUUGUCAUUGGCCCCUGUUGAUCUCAAAAGCACAAUCAAUGAUGACGUUCACAGUCCAGCAUACUCUGACAUCUCUGAUGCCAAUGACAGUAACUCUCCACCUCAAGAGGACAGCCCGAAAAAAGAUUCCAAAAAAGAUGUCCAGAUGAAUGGGCCUGCUUCUCAUCUUGGCUCAAAUGCUGGCAACGUCCAGCAACAUUUUGGCAACAUCUUCUAUUAUGGAGGCCCUCAGAAUUUUCUUCCUCACAAUUUAAGUCCACAAAUGUCAUCGCCUAAAGGUAUCAAAAAAGAAAACCCUGAUGAUAGACAGGCAGAGAGCGCUGACAAAAAGGAAGCUUCUCAUUCCAUGCAGGAAGAGGAACUGCAGCAGCAACAAAAAUUUAACUACUAUUAUCCUCAAAUUCAGAGCUUUAUAAACCCUUACAACUCUCCGGCCCUUGAUCCCCACUACAGUCUAAUGAUGCAACAGAAUCCUGCCUUCAGACAGCAGUAUGAUGAAUAUAAACGUAUCAUCCAUCACCAACAGCAGCAACAGCAAGAUGCCUCCAAUGGCACAGAGGACAACCUUGGGAAGCAGUCAAAUGUUGGAAACCCACCCAACAGACCUCAGGGCUUUGACUUUUCUCGGAAACAAACUUUCUCGCCAAACAUCAGCGGCACUGAUAGUACAGGAGGUGGGGAAAGGAGGCAUGGUGACGAGCGAGACCAGGCACUGCGGGAUAAGCAGACAGAAAAUCUUCAAAUCCUGAAGGAAAACAUUGAGCUCAAAUCCCAGAUGGGACAACAUCAGGAUCCCUAUCAACUUUACAAGCAGCAGCAGCAGCAACAACAACAGCAACAGAAUGAUCUUAGGGCUCAGAUGUACCAAAAACAGAAACUUCUCGAGAACAAUCGACAAGACAAACGCAAAGUGCCACCAGAGCUGACUAGUAACAGUCGAAUGUCCCCAGGUCAGUCUCCGGGUCAGUCGGGGUCAUCUUUAUCAUCCAGGCUACAACAGGACAAUAAGCCUAUGGAACUGCUAACGCAUGACAUGAUUAAAAAGGAAGUUGUACAGCCUAAGGACCACCACCGAUCUGACCCUGUAUCCACAGACAGUAAUAGGAGAUAUGAUGUCAAGGAGGAGUCUAGGCCACCCUCAUCUCAUGACAAAUCUCGACCAGGAUUGUCUGGCACACCCAACAUUCCCACUGGAGGCUCAUCAACUUCCGCCCCGACAUCUUCAUCUGCGAAUUCGUCCAUAUCCAUGCAAGCACAGAUACCAUCUUCCAUACCAGUCUCAUUGGUGACGUCUAUGGCACAGCAGCCUAUAGCUGGGGCCGGCUACUCGUAUCCUUACUACGCACCAUUUCGUCCCUUGCCGCUUGACCCUACACACCCUAUGUUUAGACCUCACCACCACAUCAUUGGCUAUACUGCUGCCCCUAACGCUUUUAUACCUCCUUCUCCACUCGGCUUUCGUGUUGAAACGGAGAAAAUUAUGUCCGCGAAAUGUGGGGCCUCCCCAGAUCCUGAGAACCUCAAAGUGGGGGGCGGAGACUCUGCGACGGUUCCUGCUGGCUACUCCAGCUCAACACCCGUGCACAAAAUCCACGAACUUCAGGAGAAAGGUCUAGGGCGGCCCGGUCCUGGAGUACAUUCCCCGGCCCCGACUAGAUCUGGUGGUUCAGAUGCUCUGACUACUUCCAGGUCGUCCUCCCCUGGACAUCCAGUAGAUAAGGUGAAGGACAAACAGAGGGAGUAUUCAAGCUCACCACCGACCCAAAGACACGUGCAUACACACCAUCACACCCAUGUCGUGGGUGGAUUUCCACCUCUAUAUCCACCUGACCCUUAUGCCAUGUUUGGUCACGCGGCUGCAGCAGGCAUACAGACGGCGUCACCCUUAUCUUUCCCACCAACGGCACCCCCGCCACCCUCCGCUCCAAAGUAACAAGCAACACUUGAGUUGAUGUGAGGGGUCAGCUGUCGGCGGCGAAACCUGGUGCAACAUGGAUUUAUGAAGUGUGUGUGUGAGGUCAGAACUUGACCAUCACCCUAUCCCCUUUCUGACGCUGCACUUUUGGAGAUAGUGUCCCUUGAAGAGGAGUCACAAUCGUUGGAGUCAUGACUACAGCUUGCAAAGUUAAAAAUUUAUGAGUAGCCUAAACAUCUUUGGCUAGAUCUAUAAUCCAACUACUGCUUGACAGACGCACAAUGGGACAAUAUCCAGUUAUUCCUAUCUAUUAGAUGCGUUUGCAUCCCCUGGAAUAAAAUGUACAACAAUUAGUAUCCUAUGAAAUAAUUUUUGUUCUUGUCCAAUUUAUUGUUUAUUUACUUGUACCCCCCUCCCCCAUUUUUCACACUUAGUAUUGUGGUAAAAUAUUUGUUUUAAAUAUUGUAAGCAGUAGAUAAGCAAAAUAAAAGUAAUAUGUAAUAUGUAUUGGUGUGACAGCCACACUUUAAAAAAUACAUUUACACAAAAAUAGUGUUCAGCUUGCCUACUAUACUAUACAAAUUAUUUUAGUUCAUAGUAAAAAUUUAAUAUCCAUCUUCUUAAAACCGAAAUUAAAUUUUUUACAGUUUGAUAUUUAUUUAGACUAAUUAAAGAAAAUUCAUUGCAAACUUCAAUUCUACUUUAAAAAACAUAAAAAGACAAUGUCUUUAAUCUCUAUGUAGAAUUACACUAGAUUUUUAACUCUUUCUGUGCGAAUUAUUUCGAUAGAAAAAAAAUGAAGCUUUCCGGGAUUUACUUGCUGAGAGUAACGCCGCACUGUAAGAGUUAAUGUAUAGGAUGAGCUGAAUUAGGCAUUAGGCAACAUGGCUUAGAACACCAAGACUUUCUUUACCUAGUUAUAUUUAAAGACUUUCUGUACCUAGUUAUAUUAAAAGACUUUCUUUACCUAGUUAUAUUAAAAGAAUUUCUUUACCAAGUUAUAUUAAAAGACUUUCUUCACCCUGAUAUAUUAAAAAAACUUUCUUUACCUUGAUAUAUUACAAGACUUUCUUUACCUUUAUAUAUGAAAAAAACUUUCUUUACCUAGAUAUAUUAAAAGACUUUCUUUACCUAGAUAUAUCUAAACCAGUCAGGCAUAUUUUAUUUUCUUACUUUUACACUAAAUUAUUUUUUAUCCGAAACAGUUCUAAUAAUCACAUUGAUAAUAAAGAUGUCAGAAAUUUCAUGUACUGAAUUAGGCUUUUGUGUUUUAUUAUAACAUUUAUUUUUAAAACUUAAUAAUUUUUCAUCCUUUACAAAAUGGUCUUAAAUCGUUUUGUAUGGAUCUUCAAUCACUAAGAAAAUUUCUUAAUACUUUUUUUUUUUCUUGUUUCGCAAAACUUGUGUAUGUUUGUAGUUUAAAGAUAUUCAUUGGUUUGUGCACAGUGGCGUUUUAAAUGAACAAUUCAAUUAAGUCCUUUUUAUAUAUAUAUAUAUAUAUAUAUACAACCAUUUUUCACAAUACUAAUAAAACUAAUGACAUUUUGAUUCUAGUGAAACUCAUUUUGUAAUUUCUUUCAAAAGUUUUGAAAAUAAAAUUUCUUUUAUUUCUUCUUUUCAUUUAAAGAGAUGUUUUAUAAUCAUGUUGUCCACAUAGAGAUUCAGCAAUAGUUUCUUCCAGUUUUGUUAUUUUUGGCAUGAUAUUGUAAGCAAUAGAAGGGGAAAAAACUAUAUAUAGAUUUAUUAUGUGCUGUUGUAUAUUAUUGUUUUCUUGAUUAUACUGUAGUUUUUGGUUGUUACACAGGCUGAUGUUUCAAAUAAAGAAAUAUAUAAUUUUAAAAAGUGUACAUGAUAAAUAUUGUGCAUUUAUUGUGUUGAUUCAUGAAGUCCAGUUGUCUUUAAAGUUCUAGAGCCACCCAGAAAAAAAAAAGGGUAAAUUUUAUAUUUAAUACUUGCACUUGGUUUAUACACAAAAACUUUGCCGUUUGAAACUGACAGGUAGCCAAAAACAUAAGUUCCUGAAUCAUAUUUUUGAAGACAUCUAGCUACAUAAAUCAAUUAGCUUUGUAAAUUUUGCUUUAUUCAUUAAGCUUUAAAUUAAAAACAUUUUUCUUAAAGGAAAAGCACAUAAUGUAUGAAACUAUUGACAUAACACAAGAUGCGUUUCAAUUAAAAAUAUCUUACAUUGUUUACAUUUGCAAUCACUAAAAACUGGUUACUACAGUGUUAUUUGUUACAUUGUCAACACUUUUAUUAUUUUUUUUUUUUACUUUUUGUUAGACCAGCAGAUCCCUUUUAUUUUAUAUUUUUAUUUUGAUCUAGAGCUAUCUAUAGAGAGGUAAUUUAAUAAAGACAAUAUUAACAAGUCUUUAAAAAAAUGUGAAUGGAAAGAAUAUCUAAAUGUUUAACCCUUUCCUGUCCAGACCUGCUCAGAAAGUCUGCAUUGUAUUAGAUGGUGUUCAUAGAUGUAGAAACUUUUUAACACAUGCAUGUAUGUGACUGCGCGUAUGAUAGUACAUUUGUCAAUAUCUUCAUGUCCACUCUCUUGUGGGGAGUGGGGGGCCACAUACCCCUCAUGUUAAUAUUGUAUAAAUAAAACAAAACAAACUGGAUGCAUUGGCAGCAUCCAUGUUUUUUUCAAUACAAUAAAGGCAGCAUCAAUGUCUUUGAACUUUAUUCAUUUUCUUACAUACCAUAGAGUGAUUUUGUUGUCUUCAGAAUUGUAUGUUGUUUUCAAGAAGUGUUACCUUUGUCCAGUUGUCUUUUUAUUAUUUCUUUCUACUAGAAGUAAAAAAGAUCUUGUUUGUUCUUUUUAAAACUCUUUUUUUUUUCUUCACUAAAUGACCAAAGCAUUUAUCACCUAUAUAUUUUUGUUUACCCUCUUGUAAAUAACAUUACAUAAAAAUCAAAGUGAUUAUCAGAUUUGUGAAGAUUUUUUAAUAUGUUUCUUUUUUUUUUCUCCAUUUCAACUAUAUAAGAUUUUACUGCUUAGAACUGUAUAAAUACACAUAAAAUAAAAGGGAAAUGUAUGAUAAUUAAAUAGUUUGGCCUAAUUUGAACGUGUCACAGUUACACAAAUGUAAAUACUAAUUGGGAGAGGGGGAGGGGCAAUAUUCUGUGUUUUGAAUGACUCUUUCACUUCAACUUUGUGAUUUGAAUAGAAUGUUGACAAUUUUGAUGUAUCCCUUGAUAUCUGUGUUUUCUACUUUUAAGUCUCUUGUUUAUUAUUCUAAACCUGAAGGAAUGUCAAAACAUUCACUUCUAACUAUGACUUAUGUAGCUGAAACAUGCUUUCUCUUCAGUAUGGUCUUAACAUUACUGAAUUUUAAAAAAACAACAACACAUAUUUAUAGUGGUUUCUCUACCAAUGUAUCUACUUUUCACUGUAAUGUAAUAUGCUACCUAACACAAUUGAAAGGCCAUUGUUAACUGCAUGACAAAAGGUUGCUUAAUCUGUUUUUUUUUCGUUAGUGCAUUUUUAACAUAAGCAUUCAAAUUCCAACUUCUUUGGAACCACAUUUUCUGUUCAAAAAGUAUUUUCUUAAUUCUGUAGCCCAUUAGUAAUGCUGUCAGAUAUAAUACAGAUAUCGAGAAAUGUUUGGUUCCUUAUUGUAGGUGUAACAUAGCAACCUGGCAUUUUACCUGUUAACUAUAUUGAUCUCUGUAUUGUAUAUGUCUAAAUGACUUUUGUAUUUUAUAUGAUAUUAGCUAUUGAUUAUGAUACCAUUCUCUUUAAGAUGUAUACUUACCAAACAUUCAUCUGUUUUGUUACUGAGCCACAGUCUCAUUAAAAUCUACAUUAUUUUACAGUUAUUACAGAUAUAUAGCUUCAAAGUCUGGCUCAGUCAAAGUUCUGUUGCUUUAAGUUGUUGUUUGGGGUGGCUGCCAGGUUAAGUGGCAUAUGCUUCGCACUGUCGUCAUGAUGGUCCCAAGUUCCAUCCCAGCUGUCUCUCACCCCCUGCCAUCCUGCUGGAGGUCUGGCUUAGGAUUUAAUAAUCUUCAUUUCUGAAGGAACGUCUCUAACUUGAAAAAACAAAAUAAAAAAAAAAAACAGGGUUGAGGCUGUAUUUGUUAAAGUCUUGAAAUGUCUCAAUAACAUGUCUAAUUUAGCCACAUCAUGUCUACAAUGAAUUUUCCUUCAGCAAAAUCUUGAUCAGUGAUGUGCGGUUUGUGCGCUGGACUGUUGUUUGGACUUAUUGAUGGUCCCGAGUUCAAACCCUGCCCGCUCCCAUCCCCCAUUGUCCUGUGGCAGGCUUGGACUAGGAAGUAAAUAAUAUUCAACUCUGAAGGAACAUCCGAAAAUGUAAAACAUUUUACAAGUCACAAUGUUCAGUGUUUAAAACUGAAUCAAUCAUAGAAUAUGUUUGUAUAUUGUCAAGUGUCAUUUGAUAAUUCUCAUCAUUCAGCUUUGAAUUUCUUUUUAAAAGCUAAUUAUAUUCUAUGUAUAUCUAACAUAUAUUUUAUUUUAUGAUUCAAAGUGUCCAUUUUUUGUUGUGAGAACACAUUUCCCCACUCAAGAGAUUUCAUUAAGAUAAAUAAUUGUAUGUAACUAGGUAUUUCAAUAUGGUUAUUAUAAAGUAGUUGCAUUUCUAAAGAAACCUUUUUUGUUGUUGAUUGCAGAGCAAGGUUAUCACAUGAUUUCUAUGUAAAUAUGUUACCUGUUCAUGAUUCAAAUUAUUGUUGCUCUUUAAUAAACUUUGUUUUUAACAUAAAGCAAUAAUACACAUUUAAAAAUAAAAUAUAUUAGCACUAUUUUAUCGCAGAUGAACUUCUAAACAGAAAGCAGAUAAGAAUCUUACAAUAUUGGCAUUAAUAAGAAAAACAUUGUCAUACUGUUUAAAGUAUUGUUUUUUUUAAAUGCACUAUAAAAAUUAUUUUGUGGAAGACAUUUUUUGUUUAAAUUGCCAUUUAUCUCCAUGAUAUCAACUCCAACCAUCCUUGACUUGACAACAUUGCAGUAGUUUGCAUUGACCCCUAAAUAUUGCAGUAUUGAAUAAUGCAAAAGGCUUUACAUGAUUAAAUUUACAUAUGUCAGUGUUGUUAAAUCUUGCUGUGUGUCUGUUGGUAACCCCUCCCAUUCUCAUUAUAUUUUCAUUUAUUAAUUGUUUCAGUUUUGAAAAAAAAAACAUUAACAAAAAUCCUUUAGUCUUUCAAUAUUUUUAUUUACCCUAAUCAUAUGCUUUUAGCACGCUUGCAGAAAAAAAAAGGACUUUUACUUCUUGUCUGUGUAUCAUGAUAAGUGUGUAUAUAUAUAAAUGUACCAUAAUUAUAUAUAUAUAUAUAGUUGACUGCAUCCUUAGUUCACAAUGUCCAUUUGUUCACUAUAACAGUGGUAUUAAGCAGCAUUUUUUUCUGAUUAAAGAAGACAUUCAAAA